UGCCACCACGAACUAGUUCAGUGCUGAACCUUAUAACUCAUUUGUUCAUUUUGCUGCAAAAAUAAUACAAACAUCAAAUUUUCGCAAAUUCAUGCAGAAAAAUUGAACGCAUAAAAUAAUAAGUUAGUGCAGUGCAUUCUCAUAGCAAAGGAAUUGCGCCUAAGUGAAGAAAAGCAGAGGAAUCGCCUUGCAAGCGAGCAUCCCACAGUUCUAUUUACGUUUUGUUUAUCAACAUGGAAUCUGGCAGCAGUUCAAGCUCGACGUCGGGCAGCAGCUCAUCAAGUGGCUCAUCCAGCUGCACCGAUACGGGCAGCUCGUCGGACACCGACUCGAGCAGUUCGGCAGUCGCCGGUCCCGAGGAAAAGCCACAGCCUGCAAAGACACAACCAGCCGCUGUGCGUCGCAAGGCGACAGUGACGCCGGCAGAGAAUGAGAAGGCGAAAACGGCGGGCAACCACAGCGCUCUGAGCUCUGCCUCCAGCAAGGUGCGCUCUGUGGUGGCGGCCAGCAAUCAGCGCAACGGUGCACUAUCCAGCGACGAUGAUGACGACGACGACGAGCCGCCAGCGAAGAAGAAUCCGCGCACCAUGAGCAACAACGUAGCAUCAGCGGCCGCCCGCCGCAAACCGUCAACAGGAGCGCCGGCCAAGCAGGCAGCGAGCGGAGCAGCCGGUAGCAGCAAAGCGCCGCAGACUGCCAAAGCCACGGCCCAAUCGCAGCGCAAUGGGGACAACAAGCGACCGUCACUAAGCUCCUCCUCCAUGAGCACGGAUGACUCGCACAAGGAUGCGAAAAACGGACGCAAAGUGCCACUCAAGCUGGCCAGCACUGCGACCGCUGUGCGAGCCAAGCAAAUACGCGCCAAGGCGCUGCAGGCCAAAACGAGUAGCGCCAGCAACAGCAACAACAAGAAUGGACCGACUGCAGCUGCAGCUGCUGCUGCGGCCAGGCGCGGGAAGAGCCGCAGCAGUGAUGGCAGCGAUGAUUCGGAUAGUGGCUCAGGCUCAGAGACCAGCUCCAUUAGCGAGUCGGAAGGCACGGACUCAACCAACUCGUACAGCUCUCAGCCGGCGACGGGCAAAUCGAAUGCCAAGGGCAAGCGUGUUGCUGCUGGGGCUGGCGACAGCGAGGAGGAGCGCAAGGAUAAGGCGAAUCCCAUGCGCAAGCUGACGCGUUCGCUGAGCAUGCGCCGGUCCAAGCAGCAGCAGCUGAAGCCGGGCAGCGAGAGCGAAUCUGAUGCGGAUCUCGAUCAGGAUGACGACAAGCAGCGCGUGCUCUCCAAGAGUCCGGCCAAAAAGCCGCCCACAGCCCACAUCGGGCUCAACAGCAAAUGCAAGGUGAAGAAGGAGAUGAACUCAAUGAAGUCGCGACCCGUCUCGCCGGCCGUUCAGCUGGAGAAGAAGUGCCCCAUCGAAGGCUGUGAUUCGUCUGGCCAUUUGAGCGGCAAUUUGGAUCGCCAUUUCCUGCCUGAGGCCUGCCCCAUCUUCCACAACAUGUCCGCCUCGGAGUGCAAGGAGCGCGCAAACGAACGCAAGCUGCGCAACGAGAUGCGCCUCAAGAUGCCCAUCAACAUUGUCAGCGCGCCGGGCAAUCAGAAUAACAAUCUCAAGUCCCUGACGCCCGAGCAGCGUGAUUUCCUGGCCAAAAUACGCGAAUCACGCUCCAACUUCCGGCCCAUGAGUAACUCCUUAAACGACAAGGUGAAGAUAGAAAAAGACUGCACGGACGAAGAUCGUGAACCGAAUCUCGCUGGCCUGGUGCCCGACUACGAUUUGCAGCUGUUUCGCGAGGCCCAGGCUCUGGCCUCCGAGCGCAUCGAGGACGAGCUCAAAGAUUUGCCCGUUGGCAAGGGCAUCAAAUACAUCAGCAUGGGCAAAUACAAAAUGAAGGUGUGGUAUCAGUCGCCCUAUCCAGAUGACGCCGCCCGCCUGCCCAAGAUGUACAUCUGUGAGUUCUGCCUGCGCUAUCAGAAAUCCGAGACGGGCAUCAAGCGACACGCCCAGAAAUGCGUCUGGCGGCAUCCGCCCGGCGAUGAGAUCUAUCGCAAGGGUAAACUCCAGGUGUGGCAGGUGGAUGGCAAACGAUAUAAGCAAUACUGCCAACACCUGUGUCUGCUGGCCAAGUUCUUCCUCGACCACAAGACGCUCUACUAUGACGUGGAGCCGUUUCUCUUUUACAUCAUGACACUGGCAGAUGUCGAUGGAUGUCACAUUGUGGGCUACUUCAGCAAGCAUAUUCCAUUUCUGCAGGAGAAGAACUCAUUUUAUAACGUCUCCUGCAUUCUGACACUGCCUCCAUAUCAGCGCAAGGGCUACGGCAGGUUGCUCAUCGAUUUCAACAGCGACGCAACAGCAACAACAACAACAGCUGCAGCAGCAACAGCAAUUGACGGCAGACAACAAAGGUCAGCGCAGGUCACAAUGAAAGGGCGUCGUCCUCUGCGUGCUGCGAGUCGAGCAAGCGGCUGCGGCUAGUCAACUAGGCGGGUAGUCGAGUAUCGGAUACCCGCUAAACGAGCUUUUUUGCUAAUUGCACUAACAACAACAGCAGUAGCAGCACCACCAGAAGCAACAGUUAUUAGUGCAAUGCUAAUUGACUAAGAUUCUUAAGUUGUUAAUUGUUUUUUUUUUUUUUUUUUUUUUUUUGCAACUGCGUAACGUUUGGCACUGUGUUGUCGUUGCCGUUGUUGCAUUCAUCAGCUGCAAGCCUGCUCUAUAGUCGAGGCAACUGCAUGCGCCUGUGGGUAGGCAACAUUGCGCAGUUCGGCCAACGAAUGCGAAUCAGCCAUGGAUCGAUAAAGUCGUCUCGACGUUACCGCUCAUACUCAGAAGCACACCCAUACAUGUAUAAGAACACAGACAGGACGAUGAGCGUCAAAGAGAAUGGGGGAGAGAGAGAGAGAGAGAGCGCGACGACAGACGCAAAGAAAUCAAAACGCUAGCCCAAGAGCAACUGCAUCUCCAUAUAGGUAGAGCAGAGCUCAAAGCUUUGCGAACAGUGGAACGCAUAGCUUUUCUAACGAACAAAAGUGGAUUGCUCAGCUUAGCGCUUAUUUAACGAGUAUUUUAUACAUUCCAAAAUUAAGAACACAAAAGUUAAAUACAGAAAGUAUUAAAAAUA